AAAAUAAGUGAGAGAGAGAGAGAGAGAGAGAGAGAGAGAGAGAGAGAGAGAGCAUGGAAAAGAGCAGGUCAUUUCCAUCUACUUAUACAAAUGGUUUGGGGUGUGGAUCAACAAGAUCAUACGCAUUCAACGGUCCAACUGAGAGCGAAAGAGAGAUGAAGAGGAAGAAGAGGAUUGCCGAGUAUAACAUGUUCACCACCGGCACUAAGAUCAAAUCCACUGUCAGAGAGAGCUUCAAGUGGAUCAAGAACAAGUUUACAGAUGCUCCUCCUCCUCGUUAUGGUAUUUGAAUAGUUUUUUCACUUAAUUGUUUUCGCAGCUAGCUUCAUCAUGUAUCCAUCAAACUGUGUCGUUUCGUUUGGUUUGGUUUGGUUUGGUAGAUCAUCGAUCAUAUCUUAUUUAACCCAUAUAUAUAUACCUGCAGCUGUGAUUAUGUAUAUGAAAUCCAACUAUCUAUAUUUCUUCUAGAAAAGAAAAACUUGUUAUAUAUAUUAGAUGUUUGGUCGGUAA